AUGGCUGCACCCGCUUUGCAAUUGCCCGAGGUAGAUACAACCUCAAUACCAGGUUAUGUCAUCUUCCCAUCGCAAAACGACAAAACACCACCGGCCGCGACCGGACUUCGAUCACAAGUCCACCCUCUAGACCAGCUUUCGGUGCACGAAAUCUCCACAACGGCAAAAAUCAUCCGCGACUAUGCCAGCCCCAAGCAGAUCAAGUUCAACUGCAUCACUCUUCGAGAACCUAAGAAGAAUGAGUAUGCCGCGUUUCGGUCGAGAACAGGCCCUCGCCCGGAGAGGCGCGCUUUUGCAAUCGUUCUCGAGCAAGGCACUGCUAAUGUUGCCGAGGUCGUUGUCAACUUGAUAAAGUCACAAGUCGAGGACUGGAAGCCUGUGCAUGAUGUGGCCCCGACACUGACUCUCGAAGAUCUUGAUGUCAUGGAGCGCAUUGCUCGCUCAGAUCCCCGAGUUAUCGAGACGUGCCGGGAGAUUGGCAUCACAGACAUGUCCAAGGUCUAUCUUGACGCCUGGGCCAUUGGUGUUGACCGCCGAUGGGGCUUUGAGCGUCGUCUCCAGCAGGGUCUUCCUUAUUACAGAGCCUCCGAGCACGACAACCAGUACGCUCACCCGCUAGACUUCACCGUCAUUGCGGAUACUGAGACGGAAGAGGUCUUGAGCGUCGAUGUUCGCCGCGUCAACGGCGAACGCACAAAGGUGCCACUCGAGCAGCACAACUAUCUCCCCGAGUUUAUUGGCGACGGCUACGAGCCACGCAAGCUCAAGCCCAUCGAGAUUACUCAGCCCGAAGGCGUAUCUUUCCAAAUGAAAGGCAACGAAAUCCAUUGGGCCAACUACAAGAUGCACAUUGGCUUCAACUAUAGAGAGGGAAUCGUUUUAUCUGAUGUUAGAAUUCACGAUCCUUAUGAGAAACGUGAGAGAACUCUAUUCAAUCGCAUCAGCGUUGUUGAGAUGGUUGUUCCGUAUGGUAACCCAGAUCCCCCUCACCACAAGAAGCACGCCUUUGAUGUUGGAGAAUACGGUACUGGUCUGAUGACGAACUCUCUCAAGCUUGGGUGUGACUGCAAGGGCGCCAUCCACUACCUUGACGGCGUUGUUUCUACAUCCAAGGGGCAGGCAGCGGUUAUUCCCAAUGCGGUGUGCAUACAUGAAGAAGACUCCGGGCUGCUGUACAAACAUACGGAUUUUCGAGACGGAAAUGUCAUCUCGGCUCGUGACCGCAAGCUGAUUAUUUCACAAAUCAUCACCGCUGCCAACUACGAGUACGGUUUCUACCACACCUUUACGCUUGAUGGAACGUAUAAGCUUGAGAUGAAGCUUACUGGCAUGCUCAACACGUACUGUAUGCACCCGUCCGAGACCGCUGCUCCCUACGGCACAGAAGUCGCGCCCGGCGUAAACGCCCACAAUCAUCAGCACAUUUUCUCUCUCCGCGUCGACCCCGAAAUCGACGGAACCAACAACUCCAUCCUCCAGAGCGAUGCCGUUCCCUCCGACGCCCCAGUCGGAUCUCCUGAAAACCCAUACGGCAACGGCUUUUACUGCAAAAAGACGUUGCUGAGAAGGGCCAAAGAAGCUGCCGUCAACUAUUGUCAUGAAACCCAGCGUGCUUGGGACAUUAUCAAUCCUAACAAGGUCAACGAGUCUUGCAAGAAGCCCGUUGGCUACAAGAUUGUCAACAACAACUGCCCUCCGCUGCUUGCCAAGCCCGGCAGUGUGGUCUACAAGCGCGCCGCCUUUGCACGCAAGAGUCUCUGGGUUGUGCCGUACAAGGACUACGAGCUCUUCCCUGCAGGAGACUACGUUUGCCAGUCCACAGGCGAGGAGGACCACCCUUGCAACCAGAGCGUCCUCGACUGGUCGAACCGGGAUGAGCCGAUUGAGAACACGGACAUCGUGUGCUACAUACAGUUUGGACUCACGCACUUCCCCCGCUGUGAGGACUUCCCCAUCAUGCCCGCCGAGCCGGUUGGCAUCAUGAUCCGUGCUAGCAAUUUCUUCCAGAAGAACCCUGCCUUGUGGGUGCCCCCGUCACAAAUCAAGAACGACACUUGUUCCCGGAAUGCCUUUUCCGAACCGGGUGACUGUUGCAGCGGGGCCACGUCAAAUCUUUCUUCUCGGCUGUGA